UAGGGAAGGACACGAAGAGAGAGUGGUUUGGCGCAGUAAGAAAAUCUUGGCGGCUCUCUGUGCUUUCUCUCAUUUACAUCGUCUGUCGACAGGGUGUCACGAUUUUUUGUUUUCGUAUUUUUAAAAACGUAUUGUUGCAUUCAGUCUUUUAUAUCAGUGAGAAUAUUACUAUUGCUUGCUAAGUAAUAUAUAAUAUUUAAAAUGAGCUCAAUCAACGUGAAAAAGCUAAAGGUAAAUGAGCUGAAGGACGAGCUGAAAAAGCGACAGCUUUCCGACAAGGGGCUGAAGGCCGAACUGAUGGACCGUCUGCAGGCCGCACUCGAUCAAGAGGCCGAAGCAGGAGGCGCAUUCCCUGGGCCUGAAGCCGGGGAAAAUGGCAAUGAUGGCGGUUCUGAUGGCGUGAGUGGCCUAAAUGAAAUGGGCGAGGAGGACCUGGAGGACGAUCUGGUCGGGGAGAGUAUGGAGGCCGAAGAAGAGGAUGGAGACGGGGGCGAAGCUGAAGCCUACGACGCCGAUGCCGAUGGGGGCGCGGAUGCCGGCGGACAACAGGACGACGACAUGGGGGAGGAGGAAGAAGAUGUCGGUGUGGAGAUGGAUAAAUCGGACGAAGACGACGAUGUGAUAUUAAAGGACGACGAUGAGGAGAUGGAUAAAUUCGAAGAUGGUGAUGAAGAUGGUGCGCCGGCAUCCCAAGCGGCUGAUGGGGAUGCGGACAAAGACAAGACAGCUGAACAGAAGAAUAAGAAGGGUGUUAAGAGACGCCGGGAAGAACAUGGAAGGGGCUACUUUGAAUUUAUUGAAGAAAGCAAAUACAGCCGGGCCAAGUCUCCACAGCCCCCCCUGGAGGAAGAGGACGAGGAGUUCGACGAUACCACCGUCUGCCUCGACACAUACAACAGCGACCUGCACUUCAAAGUGUCCCGAGACCGCUACAGCGCCUCGUCCCUCACCAUGGAGAGCUUCGCUUACCUGUGGGCUGGAGGAAAGGCUUCUUACGGUGUGGCCAAGGGCAAGGCCUGUCUCGAGAUGAAGAUCAUUGAAAAGAUUCCUGUCAAGCACAUCUCCAGCAAGGGCAUUGAUAUCCAUGAGGUUUUGGUGGGCUGGUCCCUGUCAAGUGGCAGCCUCCUAUUGGGUGAAGAGGAGCAUUCCUACGCAUUCUCUCUCAAGGGGAAGAAGACCGGCAACUGCGUGACUGAAGACUACGGAGAGUCUUUUGAUGAAAAUGACGUCAUUGGUUGCUUUAUCAACUUUGAGAGCGACGAGGUGGAGAUCUCCUUCUCCAAGAACGGGAAGGACCUGGGCGUGGCCUACAGCAUCAGCAAGGAGGCCCUGGCCGAUCGGCCCCUCUUCCCCCACGUCCUCUGCCACAACUGCGCCGUGGAGUUCAACUUUGGCCAGAGGGAGACGCCCUACUUCCCCGUCCCGGAGGGCUUCGUGUUCCUGCAGCAGAUCCCCGUGGAAGACCGUGUGCGCGGCCCCAAGGGGCCCGAGACCAAGGAGGAAUGCGAGGUUAUUGUCAUGGUUGGCCUCCCUGGGGCAGGGAAGACCACCUGGGUGAAAAAGCACACUGAGGAGAACCCUGGCAAGUACAACAUCCUGGGAACUCACACCAUCCUGGAGAAGAUGAUGAUUGCGAGCCUGAAGCGGCAGAUGAAGGACACCACCAAACUGGCAGCCAUCUCCCAGCGCGCCCCCCUCUUCCUGGGCAAGUUCAUUGAGAUUGCAGCACGCAAAAAACGGAACUACAUCCUGGACCAGACCAACGUGUCGGCCCCUGCCCAGAGGAGGAAAAUGUGCCUGUUCGCCGGGUUCCAGCGCAAGGCCGUGGUGGUCUGCCCCACGGAUGACGACUACAAGGAGAGGACGCAGAAGAAGGCCGAGACAGACGGCAAAGACGUUCCCGAACACGCUGUCCUCAAAAUGAAAGGCAUUUUCACACUGCCGGAGCAGGGCGAGCACUUCACCGAGGUCACCUAUGUGGAGCUGGAGAAGGAGGAGGCCCUCAAGCUGCUGGAGCAGUACAAGGAGGAGAGCCGGACCGCCCUGCCCCCCGAGAAGAAGCCAAACCAGGGCGGGGUGCCUCCGAAGAGGGGGGGCAGCCGGGGCCGGGGGCCCAAGAACCAGUUCGGCAGGGGGGGCCCAGGCCAGAGAGGGGGCCGAGGGGGUUUCCAGAACCGCGGCAACUUCAGGGGAGCUCCAGGACCUCGCGGCGGCUUCAGCAGGCCACCCAGGGGCUUCCUGCCCCCGCCCGCCUUCCGAGGGGGCUUCUCCAACCGCGGCAACUUCAACCGAGGUGGCGGCGGCAUGCCGAACCGGGGAGGGGCUCCUCGAGGCGGGCCUGGCAGGGGCAAUAUGGGAAACCGGGGAGGCGCCAUGCACCGGGGCAACAUGAACCGCGGAGGAGGAGGAAACAGGGGCAACUUCAACCAGAAGUUCAGAGGCAGGGGGGGAAACAACCGCGGCUUCAAGAACGGAAACUUCGGCAUGAACAAGGCCCAGGCGUUCAACCAGAGCUGGCAGCAAGGGUUCUGGAACCAAAAGCCAUGGAGCCAGCAGUACCACCCGGGAUAUUAUUGAGAGCGCACCAGAGGGAGGGAACGCAAAACCUGGUGGCAGACUGGCACCCCUGCCCCACCCCCGUCCCCCCCCCCCCCCCCACCUGGCCGCAGGCACCCGCUCACACAUCCACCAUUUCCCUUUUUAGUCCCAACCAUAUUUUUAAAGGAGAAAAAAACAUUCCACUCAUGGAGGAGCUACGCCUGUGGGUUCUGUUCAAAGCUUUAUGGGUUUCUUUUUUUGUUGUAAAAUUGUUUUCCCCUUUAAUGUAAAAUCCCAUUCUUUAAGAUGUUAAAUGUUAGAAACUUCAGCAUUAUUUAGGUGGGAUUAUUUUGUUUUUUUGAAUUUUGUUUUUUUGUUUUUGUUUUUUUGUUUUUUACUUUCAGGGUUCUUGCAUUUUAUCUAUAAAAUGUGAUUUUUACAAAAUAUAAAUUUGGCUUUCUUUUUGCAUAGUUGCAGUCAGUAGUGUUUCACAUUUAAUCAAGAGGAAACGGACACUCCUUUUUAGAAGCAUGUCGCUAUUGUGAGUAAUUGUAUCAGUAGUCCUUCAGCAGCAGAUGCAUUUCUAUUAAGUGAAGCUAAAGUUGUUCUAUAACGUUAAAGAGCUUCAUUUGUCCAUCUAAAGCCUGUAAUAGCUAAACUUUAGGUUUACAAAUAAAUGGGUUCUUUGCUUUUUUAAAAAUUUCUAUGGCUUGUGUUUUUCUAUUUAUUUCAAAGGUGUUAAACAGCCUUUGAUUGUGAAAGCCUGCUGUCAAGGAACUAGAAAAAUAUGCCAGAUUUGUCUCUUCAGAUCAGGCAGACACUUCAAGAAAAAUGAAGCUUUUCUUUCUUGACCAUAUCAGUCUUCCCACCUGAAGCAGUUUUAAGGAAGCUUGACUUGAGGAAGCAUCACCGUAACUAAACAUAACAUUUCCAUACAUGGAAGACAAGUUCAUACAGUACACACAACCCACACGCCACGCUAUGUAGUGUUUCUUAUUUUUUAAAAAGAAAAAGAAAAAAAAAUUUAUGUAGCAAAUUUGGGAUGCUAAAAUGGCGUCUUUUUAUCAGUGUAAAUAAUUGUAAAAGUUGAAGGCACAUCAUUCCUGCCAUGUAAUAUGUGGGUAAGUUUGCGUCCUAGAGCUCAAGAGAGGGGGAAGGGUGUUAAUCUGGUUACUUUACUUCUUUCAGUUUGUUUUUUUAUGUUUUCGUUUUUUUGUCUUCCUUUUUUGUGGGGAGCGGGGUUGGUCUUAUUUGUUUUGUUUUUGUUUUCCAUUUUAAGUUAAAUCUUGAAAUACAUUUUACACUGACAUCUAGUUGACUUGCAUCAGUGCUGCUUGGUGAAGAUCUGCCUUUUUAUGAGGGUAACUUCAGUGGCACUCAAAUCCCUGUUCGCUUCCAACUCAUCUACAUGGGAGUAAGGGUCUAGACUUAACGUUUUUAAAAUGAGCUGCAUUAACUUGAAAGUGAUAACUUUUUAAUAUUUAUUGAAACCGUAAAACUAAAAAAACAGCCCUUUUUCCCUUUCAUGGGUACCUUUUGCAUCAAGCUGUGGAAAGGCCGUGUAAUUUUUAUUAAUUUUUGUUUGUUUUGGUGAAAGAUACCGGAGACUAUGGUGCAUACUGCUACCUUUUGCCACUGCUCUUAACUGCCAUCAUUGUCCGAUUUCCUCAAGUCUUAAUGACAUUAGUUAGCGCUAGCCUUGGCUGCAUACUAAGAUCAGAUGGAAAGAUAUAGUUACUGUAAGCGUGGCACGCAUGUCGCGUCCUAAAUGCGUAGUCUUCAGUCAUUUUCAUUGCGUGAAUUCAAUUUCUUCUCUCUUUCUGGACCUCUGAAGAGCUAUGGUGGUAUAGUGUGACUGAUGGCAGCGGCUUUGUAUUUGAUAGUGUAAACUAGUAGUGUGUCCGGGCUGUUCUGUGGAGUACAGCUUAGCUGACUCAGACAGCCACAUUAUGAAUAAAAAUAAAUAACUUGUAGAAUCUGAAAGGCACUAAUUUCCAUUAGGAUAGAAUAGUUUUAAGUUGCUGGGGGGAAGGGGGCGUUGUAGGGGUUAUUUAAAAUGGUCUGCAUUCAGGAAUUUUUUAUUUUACUUUGAAUAUAAACUGACCAACAAAGUCCAUUGCACAUGUUGCAAAUGCAAAAGUGGUUCACCUUGUUCACAAACAGGUCUGAUGCAAGGGCAACAGUCCCUUUUUAUAAUUUAAAAUGUCAAAUGGUUUUUACAGCAAAUUUUAUUGCAAAUGCUGGGUAUACAUCAGAUUGAGGAAUAAUGUUUUUGUACAAAAUGAAGACGGGAAUAAUGAAAGCAUGCACUGUAAAAAAAAAAAAAAAAAAAAAAAAUUGCAGGUGAUUUGAAGUGAAGUUUGCUUGUUUUAGUGUUUGUGGAUGUACACAUUUAAAAGUAUUUGGUCAGGUGAUGCGUACCGUACUGAGAUAAUGUUAAGAUUUUUGUAAAAUAGACUAAAUUUUUUUGUUUCCGUUCGUUUCUUUUUUUAUACCUUGCUAUGUUUUGUAUUUUGCUAUGAGAAAAUUAAAACAAAAAAGCUGACCAAAUACUUAAUUUAUUCUGUUUCUCCACACAUUCUAUGGAAAAAAAGCAAAAAUGUUUUUUAAAAAGACAAUAAACCAGCAAGAUUGAGUCAUGUAAUUUCA